AUGCAGUCCAAGUUCUGGGCGGCAGGGAGCGACGACUCCGAGGAGUCGGGCUUCACUUCUUCUGAGUCCGAGGGAGAACAGGAACAGCAGACUCAGCAGGGCACAGCCGGCGGCGAGGCCGCCCGCCGCCCCGUGGUUGCCUCGCGAUGGGCUGCGGCAGACACGAGCAGCAGUGACGACGAAGGCGGGCGCGUGGUGAAGUCGCUCAAAGACCGUCGCUGGACGGCCAUGCGCGAGAUCAUCCGCCAGAUGAAAAACCACAUGAAAAUCGCCGACUUCUCCGAGCUCUAUAAGGACUACGAGAGUCUGGUUCGCGCGCUGCAGAAGUCUCAGCAAAUCGUCGAUCAGGAAGGUCUCCCGAGCUUCUUUGUGCGCAUUCUGGUGGAGCUGGAGAGCUUCUUGGAGGAGAAACACCGCGACAAGGAAGCGUUCAAGAAGCUCUCGAAGGCGAAGGCGACGGCCUUCAACACGCUGCGCGCCAAAGUCCGCAAAACGAACGAGCAGUGGCAAGACAAAGUAGACGCCUGCAAGGCCGACCCUUCCCAGUUCGAGUCAAGCGACAGCAAUGACGAUGACGGGUUCGACUCCGACGACAGCAGCGACUUGUCGGAGCUUUCAGAUGAGUCGUCUUCUGAGGAGGAAGACAGUGACGAGGAGAAGCCGAAGCGCAAGGCGAAGCACGAUGGCGACGAGGACUCUGAGGAGGACAGCGACGACGAUAGCGAGUGGUCCGACUCCGAGGCGUCUUCGCUUUCUUCGGGCGAGGAGACAGACAAGCACAAGGCCGCGAUGGCGAAGUGGGGUCUGCGCUCCGAAAGCGACAAGAAGUCCAAAACGGCCAAGAAGAAGACGGCGAAGCGCGUCUCCUCGAAGACUAAGGACGAAGGGGGCGUGACGACGCCUCGCGGCGGCGAGGCAGGCGCGCCCGAGUUUUCGGUGAAGGAUAUGGAGAGCCUGUUCGACACGACCGACUUGAACAGCGACAUCAUCCGGAAGCGCGUCUUGAUGGUGGCUGAGAAGCGCGGGCGCCGCGGCGUGGAUCGCCUCGAGCAGACGCGCAUCCUCAAGAGACUCGCGGAGCUCGCUGCGCUCGUAGGUCCGCAGAGCGAGCUGGAGGUGCUCGGUCAUUUGAUCAGCGCGGAGUUCGACACGACCAGCGGCGUAUUCGCCUGCCUGACGAGCUCCAUCUGGCUGGACGUAUUCCACCAGUUGGAGCGCGUCCUCUCGCUUCUCGAGGAGGGCGUGAAGAAGGCGCAGGACAGCGGCAAGCCCCAGGGCCUUUCCGUCUACGUCCUCGUCCCCACGAUCGUCACCUCCAGCGACGCCGUGGAGGCCGCGGUCAACGCGCCCGACGCGCAGACCGUCUCCGCGGGCAUUCUCACCAGCUUUGUGGAGAGACUCGACGAUGAACUGAUGAAGAGUCUCCAGUUCACCGACGUCCACUCCGAGGAAUACAAGGAGCGCCUUGGCCAGAGCGUCGACAUGAUGGCGGUCCUCUGCCGCGCCUGGGUUCACUUGGCUGGGUGCCGCUGCAAGGCCCAAGCUGCGACCCUCGCACUCCGCAUUAAUGAGCACAUGCACUACAAGCAUGACCUCAUUGCCGCCAGCAUGUGGGAGUUGAUCCGCAAGCGGGUGCCGGCGGAGGUGGCGCAGAAGCUGCCCGACGAGGCCACAAAACCCUCGGACUUUGUUCAGUGCCUCACAGACCUUGUCUUCGAGUCGGAGAGUCCGCGGGAGCGCACGCGCGCGCUUCUUCACCUGGCCUACAGCCGCGCGCUGCAUGACGACUACUACAAGGCCCGCGACCUGCUGCACACACCAAACGUUCAGGAGCUCGCGCUUCAGACCGACACGCAGACGCAGAUUCUGUACAACCGCGACUUGGUGCAGCUGGGCCUUUGCGCAUUCCGCAACGGCCUGAUCAACGAGGCGCACUCUUGCCUCUCUGAAGUCUGCCCGAAGCACAAGGAGCUGCUGGCUCAGGGUCUGUCCAACUUGAAGAACGUCGAGUGCACGCCUGAGCAGGAGCGCGCCGAGAAGCGCCGGCUGUUGCCCUACCACAUGCACAUCAGCAUGGAGCUCAUCGAGGGCGCACACAACAUCUGCGCGAUGUUGAUUGAGGUCCCUCACAUGGCGCACGACCCGUUUGAGCACCGCAAGCGCCCUAUCAGCAAGCACUUCCGCCGCAUGUUGGAAACUUACGACCGUCAGGCCUUCCUGGGGCCUCCGGAGAACGCCCGCGAGACAAUCAUGGCCGCCACUAAGGCACUUCAGAAGGGCGACUGGAAGGAGUGCUGCCGCUUCGUGUUCAGUCUGGGCAUUUGGGAGAAGCUGAUGAACGCGACCGAGAUCCAGGAGAUGCUCAAGAAGAAGGUCAAGCAAGAAGCCAUGCGGACCUACAUCUUCACAUACCUGACGCUCUACGACUCGUUCUCUAUCUCCCAGCUGUGCGGCAUGUUCGAGCUCCCCGAGAGCACUGUCCACUCCAUCGUGAGCAAGAUGAUGAUCAACGAGGAGAUCCACGCGAGCUGGGACGAGAGCAGUCAGUUCAUCCUCAUCAGCCGCGUGGAGCGCACGCGCCUGCAGCAGCUCGCCUCGACUCUGGCGGAGAACUUGAACAACGCCGUCGAACAGAAUGAGCUGACUCUGAACAUGAAGAACCCGAAAUUCGCUCUCUCGCACGAUCGCCGCUUUCAGCGCGGCGAUGGGCCUGGUGACCGAUUCGGCUGGGGCGGUCGCGACCGCGAGGGCGACGGCGGCGCGGGAGGCCCCGGCGGUCGUCGCUUCGGGCGCGGAGGGCGCGGCGGCUUCGGGCCCGGCCGGGGAGCAGGGCGCGGCGGCCGCGGUCGCGGCCGCGGUGGCCUUCGCGCCGGCGGCGGCCGCACCUGGAUGGGCGACCGCAGCGAGGGAGGCAACUGGAACGCAGGGGGCGACAGGUGGUCCGGAAGGCAAAAGUACUAA